CCUCUAUUUAUGGAAGGAGUGAAGCUGGCUAAAAUCGCUCGGUUAAUUAUCCAUAACAAACAAUGAAAGCAACAGACGGGGUUGAUUUAAUAUCGCAGUGAAAUGGAAUACUUAAAUAACAAAGCAUUGUCACGGCGUAGUUGAGUCUCUGUAACAUGAGAUCUUACCCAGCCGCCAAGAAAGGCUCCGCAGCAGGAUUUUAAGUGCCAGUCUAAACGCGGACCAUGAAUGAAAUGGAAAGGGCGGAUAAUGGAGAGUUGGUGCUCGCGUUGUCUGUUGAUCUAAACGAAAAUGAAGAGGGAAACAAGAAACAUCUAAGGCCAGCGCCUCUCGAUUGUAACAUAGGAGAAGUAAAAUCUCGCCUGUUGAAUGACGGAAGCAAAAAGUCAUACCCAGCGGAUAAGGUAGAGCUACCAGGGUCUGGUUAUGUUUACGUUUCCAGUCAUACUAAGAAUGUAAACUCAGACGGUGCUCUGUCGUCCUUGCAGGUUACUUCACCGGUGGAGAGCAGUAUUAUGCUCGACUUGAUCCCCAAGGUUCUACCGGGGCCGAUAAGCGACAGCUGUGUCAUUUUAGAACAGCACAGGGAUGGCAUACUAAACGGAUUUCCUGAAUCAUCUGUUGAAACGACGGUGGUGGCGGUGGGUUCCGAGGCUGAAGGAGGGGGUAGCGGGGGGAUCCCUUCCCACCAGGCUGCAGCUGUGAGCACAGACACACCGCAGGAAGGGAACGGAAUGUUACUCUCAACUCGGAUUUCAGAUACAGUAGGGCCCGAGGAGGAGGAACGUGCAGGGGAGACCGAGGAUUCCAACGCGGGUGAACUGGACAAGGGUCAUUUAAAUCCAGAAGCCAGGCCAAAGUCUACUGCUGUCUCUCCGGCAUUGUCAUGUGCUGGUAAGCAUCAGCAGAACUGCACGUGCAUGUCUGCAGUUGCAGACAUGAAACUGUCCAACGGCGACGUUGAUUUGGGGAAUUCGAUUAGUUUUCCUAUGGAUAUGACAUGUAUUGAUCACAUCCAGGAAACGCACGCCUCAGGAGGACAACAUAAUGAACUUGAUGCCCCUGACGGAGAAACAAAGGUGUCAAAUGGUGGAUUGUUGAUUGUAAACAAUAGCUCUCUUCACAGUGAAAUAUCGAAUCUCACUCCUGGAACCGCAGGUGGCCUUUCCGAUAGCGGCGUAUUGACCCAUAAACUUGAAAACAUCCCUAGCUCGCCUGGGUCGUAUGGCUGCUCCAGUCGAGAGUCUGACCAUGCUAGCGGGGAGGCUUCUCCGGCUGUCCAGCUGACAGACCCGGCUUGCUGGGCUUUCGAGCCUGAGGACGACCUCGUUGAACUUUCUUCUAAGCUCUCCAUAACACCGUCUCCCGAACACACCAGCUACGUAAAUACCCAAACGGAGUCGAGUCUUAGAGAGGAUUCUAGCGAGGCAUAUGGUCCAAGUAGGCCACAGUCGCUCCGAACUACACCGAGCUAUGCGGUCUCCCUCAGCUGCGACGCGACGCCUCUUAGUCCCGACGAUGGAGAGGGAUAUAUCGGGGCUGAUGAAGGCAUGGAUCCAGACGGGACUUAUAGGAACAGGUUUGAAGUCAGCCGCAGGAAGAGUGCUCCUGAUCAGUGGCCGGAUGGGCAUGCAGUGGACUUGGAGAUGAACAGAGAUCAGCCGGGCUCAAGCAAGAAACACGGCAUUGCAGAAUUCUUCACCAGAGGCCUCUUCUCCCGAAAGCCCAGAGAGCAGAAGUCGGGGGCUGCCAGCACAUCGGGUUGGAAGUUGUUCGGGAAAAUCCCACCAAGGGACAACACCUCCAAAGAUUCCAGUAGCGCUCAACAGGACGAUAGCCCAGCCAGGGUCAGCUCUGUGUCCGCACCCAACCUCUCGAUCGCAGGGGAGAAUGAGGCGAAGGCGGGGCAAACAGCUGGACUCCACCCCCAGAACCAGCCAAUGAGGAGGAAGAACCUGGAGUUUGAGCCUACAUCUACAACAGCCCUCAUUCUGGAGGAUAGGCCAGCGAACCUUCCAGCCAAGUCUAUGGAGGAGGCCGAGAGACACCGGCAGGAGUACGAGGAGAUGGUGGCGGGAGCCAAGAGGAGAGAGCUGAAGGAGGCGCAGAGGAAGAAGAGGCAGAUGAAGGAGCGCUUCAAGCAGGAGGAGAGCAUCGCCGUCGCCAUGGUGAUCUGGAACACUGAGGUCCUGCCCAACUGGGAGAGCAUGAGGAACACGCGGCGGGUGAGGGAGCUGUGGUGGCAGGGUCUUCCUCCAAGUGUCCGCGGCAAAGUCUGGGGACUCGCCAUCGGCAACGAGCUCAACAUCACUCCAGAGCUUUAUGAGAUCUUCUUAUCGAGAGCCAAAGAGAAAUGGAGAAGCUACAGUGAGACGAGCUCCGAGACGGACGUGGAAGACUGUGGUGCGUCAUUGGCAGACAGAGAGUCCAGUCUGGACCUAAUCAAGUUGGACAUCUCCAGAACAUUUCCCUCCCUGUACAUAUUCCAGAAAGGUGGGCCUUAUCAUGAUCUCCUGCACAGUGUGUUGGGAGCGUACACAUGCUACAGACCAGAUGUGGGCUAUGUCCAGGGCAUGUCCUUCAUUGCUGCAGUGUUGAUUCUGAAUAUGGAGGAGGCCGAUGCCUUCAUUGCCUUUGCCAACCUACUCAACAAACCUUGUCAGAUGGCCUUCUUCAGAGUGGACCACGACCUGAUGCUGAAAUACUUUGCAGCGUUUGAGGUGUUCUUUGAAGAGAACCUGCCCCGCCUCUAUCAGCACUUCCAGAACAACAGCCUGACGCCAGAUUUCUACCUGAUCGACUGGAUCUUCACGCUGUACAGCAAGUCUCUGCCGCUGGACGUGGCGUGCCGCGUGUGGGACGUGUUCUGCCGUGACGGCGAGGAGGCGCUGUUCCGCACGGGCCUGGGCAUCCUGCGCCUCUACCAGGACGUGCUGCUGCAGAUGGACUUCAUCCACAGCGCCCAGUUCCUCUCGCGCCUGCCCGACAACACGCCCGCGCACACGCUCUUCAGCUGCAUCGCCAACACACACAUGCUCAGCAACAACCGCAGGUGGAAUCAGGUGUUUGCUGCUCUGAUGAAGGAUGGGAGCAGUGUGGCAGACCGCAACAACAGCCCAGCCCUGAGGAGCUGAAGGCUUCAGUCUCUUUCUCUCUCUCUCACACACACACACACACACACACAAACACACAUCCCUGAGCGAGCAGGAGGAGACUAGUGGAGACUGGAGUCUUCUGGCACCUUCUUCAGUAUUUCAAAAGGUUUCAGUCCUGUGUGUGUGUGUGUGUGUCUUUGUAUGUGCACAUGUGUGUGAGGGAGAGCAGGACAGACGGCGCGAAAGAGAACGUGUGUGUGUGUGUGUGUGUGUGUGUGUGUGUGUGUGUGUGUGUGUGUGUGUGUGUGUGUGUGUGUGUGUGUGUGUGUGUGUAUGUGUGUGACCCAGGUAGCAUUUGGGUGUGGUGGCCCCUGGAGCUCUGAGCCUUAAACCCCAGCCUGGCGCGUGCUCAGAAGACGUCCAUUGUGCCAGGAGCAGAGACCGCUGUGGGACCCACGCCACACGACAUGUGCCACUAGGCUCUCUACACGCGCACAGGGGCACUGCAUGCAGGCACACAGGCAGAGAGACAGACAGACACACACACACGCACACACACACACACACAGAGAAACACACUCCAUUCACACCCAACCCAUUAGGGUUCAGUGCCAAUGUUUGUGCUUCGUAAAGCAAGUCUGAGCUUGUUAUUAGACGCAGCACUGCUAUACAUUGCUUUUGUGUCUGUGUGUAAGACCUCUGCUCUGUCCUGUGUAUGCGUUGUGUGAAUUGAGGAAGUGAGUGUGUGUAUGUGCGUGCGUGCGUGCGCGCGCUUUGGUUGUUCUUGAGGAACAGCUAUGUAAACGAGGCUGCUAUCUUAGGCCUUCUCCCCCCCCUUUCUUGGACACUCCAAAGUUUGAGCAAACUCAUGAGUUUGAAGACAUUACAGAAAAAGUGCAAUAGUGCGGCCUAGACGCCCAGAGAGUGCUGGCCAGACCUUGCUACGGUCAGUCCAGCUGCAUAACUGACCUGUCGUCACUUGCAUCCAUGACGUGAUGGCACUGUGAGUAGCAGAGAGACCUACGUUAUGCAUUCAGUCAGUUGUCUCCAGUUAUUUCCAAACCAGGACUGUUUUUGUUUGUUUGUUUGUUUGUUUGUUUGUUUGUUUUGAACUUAUGGCCGGCGUGUCUGUUUAGAUUAUUUCUGUUAAACCUUUUAUUUAAAGUUGUAUAAUUCUUUUUUUGUAUUUUAAUUUAAGCCUGAAUCAUUUAGCCAGUUUUUUUUUCUACAUCUUUUGUUUUUAAUUUCAAAAUUCACUACUGUACAGUUUUCUUACAUUCUACUGGUAAUGUAUAUGUAUAUAUACAUAUAUAAAAAUAUAUAUGUAUAUAUAUGUAUAUAUACAUAUAUAAAAAUUGUGAAAUGAAUUCUUAGGCUACUUGUCUAAAUGUGUAAAUAUAUCUCAAUAACAAGG